AUGACAAGAUCUUUAAUUGGUAGUGAAGUAAACUUAUCAAAAGGAAUCGACCGUUUCAUCGUUUUCAAUCGUUACACAAUAUUUUUAUGUCUAACCUAUGAACUUGUUAUACUAUCACAGGUCGGCAAUGUUAUCUAUAUGAUAUUUGCUGCAGCGUCACCUAAUAUUAUCGGAUGUGGCACGACAAUUUUUAAUAAAAGUUUGGGACAACGUGAAGCAUGUGAGCAAUAUGAAACUUUAAUAAAAUUUGAUAAUCAUUCUUGCGAGCCGAUUCUUGAGUAUCAAUUUCGAUCUGUUGCUGUUGAAUGGAGUUAUUUCUGCAGUGAAGCAGUAAAAGUGAAAAAUUUGGUAUCCUUUCAAAUGUUUGGUACUAUACUGGGAGGUAUUUUGUUUGGACAAUUUUCCGAUUUGUUUGGACGUCGAAAGACAAUGAUUAUAUGCAUAGUAUUAACAACCUUAUCCGGCAUACUAUCAUCAUUUGCUGCUAAUCUUCUCGUGUUUGCAAUCAGUCGUACUUUUGUCGGUUUCUUUGUUGGCGGCAAUGCAAUAGUAAUGUACGUGUAUGUGAUUGAGAAUAUCCCAACAAGUGCUCGAAUUAAAGUGAAUACGUUUGUCACUUGGUCACCUAAUUUCAUAUUACUUUCUGUGGUUGCUUAUUUUACGGGUUCCUGGGAUACACUUGCCGUUACAAUUAAUUUAUUGGCUGCACCGUCACUUUUUUGCUUCAUUUUUCUAUACGAAAGUCCACGUUGGUUAAUGCAAAAAGGUCUGCUAAAUGAAGCACGACGAACAAUAAUAGCAAUGAAUACUUGGGGACAUGGUGCGGAGAAAAAACAAUACCGCCAUGAGCAAGAAGUGAUGGAUGCGCUAGAAAAUGACCUUACGGCUAGUCAUGAGCUGUUACGACAUAAACGAUACUAUUUUUAUCAUUUGUUUUACUCAUGGAAAUUACUUCGUUACAGCAUUGUUCUCGCUUUUAGCUGUUUCACCAAUGCCAUGGCUUUUUAUGGUUUACUGUUUAAUUUGGAAAAGAUUUCCGGAUCAUUAUACAUGAAUACGUCCGUACUUGGAGCAUUUCGUUAUUUACUAAAUAUUGUGCUGGCAACCGUUGAUCAUGCCUUCACUUCCGUUGGUCGAAAAUUUGUACACACAGUAUCAAUCAUCAUUUUUAUUGUUAUUAUUGCAUUUGUUGUAGUACUGACGAAAACUGACCUUACUUUGGACUUCAAAGGACUUAUUCGUUUGUUAACCCUAACCGGUAUGGGUAUAAUCUCAAUCUUAUUCAUCGUUAAUGCACUAUCAUGUGCCGAACUUUUCCCUACAGCUAUUCGCAAUUUAGCUGGCGCUAAUAUUGCCACAUGGAAUCGAAUUGGUUGUAUCCUUGCGCCACAACUUAUUUAUUUGGGUGAAAUCGAGGAAUCCUUACCGCAUAUAGUUCUCAUCGUAUUACUCUCCAUCGAUGCUGUAGCAUUCCUGACACUUCUUCCGGAAACAAAAUCACGACCGCUUAAAGAUCGAAUGCCACCUAAAGAAAAAUUAAUUUUGAGAAAUUGUAAAACAACUCGUACAUUGAGCAUACCAAAUGAUAAUGACGAUAAUGAUAAUCUUAGUUGUUUAAUGAAUGGGUAAAUACUCAGUGCAGUUGCUUAAUUAAUUAUCAGCUGUAGAAUAGCAGGUAUGAUAGCUUAAUGACGAAAUCACUUAGAGUGAUAAAAUAACUUAGUAUAAGCAUGCAUUGAUAAAUUAAAUGUAAGCAUA